ACUUGGAGAAAUGGAAAUGGCUCAAGAUAUUCUGGAGAAAGACCGAUGUUGUAUCCUUGCUUUCAGUUGUUUGGUGGAAGGGGGGGGGAAAAAAAGGUGAUUGUGAAAGCAUACGUUUUGUUCACCCGUAUUCCAAUACAGGCUACACGAUGAUGAUUGAAGUUGCGCGACGGAAAUGUGUCGAAUUCGAGCCUCUUAUUUGGAGAGGUGUUAUACACUCAGACAGGUUAGUGACGAGACCAAAAAUUGCAUCAUUCGAUUGUAUUGGUUUUCGUCCAUCAACUUGGAACAGCGGGACCGAUUGUUGACGUCCCCGGAGGGGGGGCCUGACAUUGCAACUGUUUUGCAACUAUUAGUAUGAAAAUAAUAAGCGUAAUAAUAGUGAUCUCAUUUCUUUUUUUUUUUUUCUUUUCUUUUUUUUUUUUUGGUGUGUAUUUCGUCCAUGAAGGUGCACGCUUGUGUACGCAUGAUGAUUUUCUGAGCAAAUGUCCUUUUGAACGACAUCUAUAACGGCUAUCUAAUUAUGAUUUUUUUUUAUUUUUUUAAUGAUUUUUCUUUAGUCAUGCGCACGCAGUCAGCUGCUCUACCGCAAGCAAUCCUCACGGUGUCAGUAUGCACCAACAGACGGGGCGAGACGUUCUCUCCGUUUCUCUGUGAAUGAAGUCAUCGCCUCAGUCUCAUUUUGGGCCGGUGCUGUCCACGGCAGUUUCUUUUGUGACUGCCUGCUGAGAUUGUUUUGACUUGGCGAUACAUAACCACGAUCAUUUGAAUAUAUUUGGAGCAAGCGGACUCCAUUUUUUUUUUUAUUUAUCUUUAUUUUUUUUGGGAACCGACGGUCUCUGCUCUGCGGCGCAAUGAGACGCGGCAGAACGGCGCUACGUUUUGGACUCGCUUUUGUGUUUCUCGUCCUCCGUUCCGUCCGCGGGGACGUGAGCUACUCCGUUCCAGAGGAGAUGAAACGCGGAUCUGUCAUCGGGAACGUCGCUCAGGACCUGGGAAUGGACUCCGGUAGGCUCGCCGCUCGCAAGGCCCGCGUCGACACGGAGAACAGCAACGUGAAAUGUUGCGCUAUUCAUCUCAAUACCGGAGACUUGGUUGUACAAGAAAGGAUCGACAGAGAAGGGCUGUGCGCCAAAAAGCCGACGUGUGUCAUCAAACAGGACUUGGUUCUGGAAAACCCGCUUGAAGUGCACCGUGUUAAUAUCCGCGUUCAGGAUAUUAAUGAUAAUGCGCCGCAAUUUAAAGAAGAUUUGCUGAAAUUGGAAAUUCGUGAAUCUGCGGUCAAGGGUGCGCAUUUUCUGUUGGACGAGGCCCACGAUGCAGAUAUCGGUGAAAAUGCUGUUCAGGGUUACUCCCUGCAGAAGAAUGAACAUUUCUCAUUAAACGUCAAGACGAAGGGGAUUGGACGUAAAUAUGGCGAAUUAGUCCUCGACAAAGAAUUAGACAGAGAGAAUGAAAGUGAAAUUGUACUUCUGCUGACUGCAUACGAUGGCGGCUCCCCUCAGAGAUCCGGUACAGUCCGAAUCCACGUCACCGUGCUGGACGCCAAUGAUAAUGCACCUGUGUUUAGUCAGACAGUCUAUCAAGCCAGUCUGCCUGAAAACUCGCCUCUUGGUACGUUGGUGAUAACAUUGAGUGCGAUCGACCCCGAUGAUGGAAUAAAUGGAGAAGUUUUCUAUGGAUUUGACCAUGUUGAUGAACGUCAAGUUUUUUCGAUGAGUCCGAAAUCAGGAGAGGUCAAAGUGGCAGGUGCGAUAGAUUAUGAAAAAGAAUCAUCGUACGAAAUGCAGAUAAGUGCCAAAGAUGGACUGGGGUUGGCCUCAUAUGCAACCCUAAUUAUUGAAAUCAUUGACACAAAUGACAACGCCCCGCUUAUUUACGUCAAGUCGCUGACCGAUCCGGUGGCGGAGAACGUGCCGCCUGGCACCGAGGUGGGCAUCGUUCACGUGCAGGACAGAGACUCUGAGCAGAACGGGCAGGUCCGCUGCUCCGUCCAACAAGACGUCCCCUUCCGCUUAGUUCCUUCCAUCAAGAACUAUUAUUCUCUGGUGACUAGCGGCCAGCUGGACCGCGAACUGGUGUCCGAUUACAACAUUACAAUCGGCGCCAGCGACGAGGGCUCUCCUCCUCUGUCCUCCCGGAAAAGUCUUCACCUGUCCGUCGCCGACGUCAACGACAACCCGCCCGCGUUCGAGCGGGAGUCCUACAGCGCCUACGUGAGCGAAAACAACAAAGCCGGCUCGGCUUUGUGUCGGGUCGGCGCUCGAGACCCCGACCGGAGACAGAACGGCACGGUGGUUUAUUCUCUGUCGGCGGGCGCGCAGGUGAACGGCGCCCCGGCGUCCUCCUACGUGUCGGUGGACGGAGACACGGGGGCCGUCCGCGCCGCUUGCUCGUUGGAUUACGAAGACCUGAGGAGUUUUCGAGUCCACGUGGUGGCCAGAGACAAGGGUUCUCCUCCGCUGAGCAGCAACGUGAGCGUCAGCGUGUGGAUAUGGGACGUGAAUGACAACUCUCCUCAGAUACUGUACCCCGCCCCGGAGGGCGACUCCUUCAUGACCGAGCUGGUCCCCAAAGCUGCGGACGGAGGCUCCGUGGUGUCCAAAGUGAUAGCGGUGGACGCCGACUCCGGACAGAACGCCCGGCUGUCCUACCAUAUCGUCAAGGCCACGGAUCCGGGACUUUUCACCAUCGGUCUCCACAGUGGAGAGAUCAGGACCCGGCGGGACAUUGGCCAAUCUGACAGCAUGAAACAGAACCUGAUGGUGGCGGUGAAAGAUAACGGACAGCCCCCUCUCUCCGCCACCUGCUCCGUGUAUUUACUCCUUUCCGAUAACUUGGCCGAGGUGCCGGAACUGAAGGACGUUUCCUACGACGAGCGGGAGAAGAAUUCCAAAGUCACCUCGUAUCUGCUGGUGGCGCUGGUGUCCGUGUCCACCUUCUUUCUGACCUUCAUGGUGGCGGUCCUGGCUGGGAGCUUUUGUCGCAGGAGAAAGCCCAGACUGUUGUUGGACGGAGCGGUCGCCGUCCCCGGCGCGUAUCUCCCUCCGAAUUACGCCGAUGUCGACGGCGCGGGAACCUUACGCGGCGCCUACGACUACGACGCCUACUUGACGACGGGCUCCAGGACCAGCGACUUCAACUUUGUGCGUUCUUACGACGACGACACGCUGCCCGCGAAGAGUCCCGGCGACUUCGAUGACGAGCUUCGCGAUUCUUUCGACCCUCUUGAGGUAGGCACGAAGAUUAAUACCUUUUAUUGGUUUUGUUGUCACAAUUCCAUUUGCCCUAGCCUGUACGUUCCAAUCAUUUCCAAGCACAAGUGUCCUUUCCCGCAUCUUCAACCUUUCUAA